GAUCGUCCCUACUUAUGCCCGAUAGAGAUGUGCGAGAAACGAUUCGGUAGAACCGACGAACUCAACCGACAUUUGAGAACGCAUUCCGGCUUGAAACCAUUUCGUUGUCAGAUCUGCCAGCGCAUGUUCAGCCGCAGUGACCACCUGACCACUCACAUUCGCACUCACACAGGAGAAAAACCAUUCAUUUGCGAACUGUGCGGGCGGAGGUUCGCUCGGUCGGACGAACGCAAGAGACAUCAGAGAAUACAUUUCAGA